AUGAGCAAUUUACCAAAUGAGGAAAACAAGUUUUGGCACUCCUUAUAUAGUUGUAUUAAUUUAAACAAAAUUAUAGACGAUGCACUUCAAAUGGCGGGAAAGGCACAUAUAACUGUAAUAUGUCUACUUUUGGUUAACAUUAGGCCAACUUUGGCUGUCAUUAUAGGUCUUCUGGCUAAUAUAUCAUGUGAACAGUCAGUAAUUACCAUAAUUUUGCAUCAUUUUACAACAGAAGGAAAACAAGCGUCAUUGCAAUCACCCCUUGAUGCAAUGAAUUAUGUUGAAAAAACAGACCACUAG